GAGCCGUAGUGUGGGUUGAGUCCAAUUACAUCACCCCACAGUGAUAAAAAAAAAAAAGCGCUGGAGCUCACCGGGGUAAACUAAGACAACCUCUGACACAAAACUCGAGAGGCUACUCCUCGAGCUCAGUGAGGCGCGUGAGGACACGAGCUGAACUAAUGGACAUACUUUCCUCCAAAGACAUGAAGAGACCCAGGGCUCUGUGCCGCAGCAUAAAGCUGUUUGUCCUGUGCCAUGGCCUCCUGCAGUUCUCUCAGCUGCUGUACAGCUCCUACUUCAAGAGCACUAUCAGCACAAUCGAGAGACGCUACGGACUCAGCAGCUACUCCUCAGGAACCAUUUCCUCUCUGCACGAGAUCAGUAACAGCGUGCUGAUCGUAUUCGUCAGCUACUUUGGAAACCGGGUCCACCGUCCUCGCAUCAUUGGAAUCGGCGGCUUCCUGAUGGCUGUCAGCGCCAUGAUGCUGACCUUACCUCACUUCUUAUCGCAGCCCUACGAAUACGACUCUGUUUUACACAAUCGCCACGACAUUUGCAACCUGCAGAGGAACUCGAGCAACCCGGAGUCUUGCGGCCUCGACGGGACCAGGCGUCUGACCGACACCAACACCCUGUGGCUGAUCAUGUCCAGCGCUCAGCUGCUGUUCGGCAUCGGCUCGGUGCCCAUCCAGCCGUUUGGGAUCUCCUACAUUGAUGACUUUGCUGGGCCUGGAAACUCCCCUCUGUACAUAGCCAUCCUGUUUGCAGUCUCUGUAUUUGGGCCUGCCGUUGGAUACCUGCUGGGCUCAGUCAUGCUGCGGAUCUAUGUGGACGUGGACAAAAUUGGAUUAGGAAAUGAACAGGAGCUGAGACCGACAGAUCCCCGCUGGGUCGGGGCCUGGUGGAUGGGCCUGCUCAUCACCUCCGGCUGCCUGGUUCUCACCUCCAUCCCCUACUUCUUCUUCCCUCGCAGAAUGCCUUCAGAUGAUAAAGUGAUUGGGGGUGAAACUGACAUGGAGGAUGACUUCAAGAAGCCAGAAGUCUCUUUACUGGAUUUCCUGAAAAUGUUCCCCAGGAUGUUUGUCCACCUCCUGUUGAGUCCUCUCUUCCUGAUGCUGGUCCUGGCCCAGUGCUGCUUCUCUUCGGUGAUCGCAGGUCUUGCUACGUUCCUCAACAAGUUCCUGGAGCGACAGUACAGCGCUUCGCCGGCGUACAGCAGCAUGCUAGUGGGUGCUGUGAAUCUGCCUGCUGUAGCAGUAGGGAUGCUGCUAGGCGGCAUCAUCAUGAAGAGGGCAGGUCUCUCACUGAAGACCAUCCCACGCUUCUCUGUGGCCAUGCUGACCACGUCCACCCUCCUCUUUGUCCCUCUCUUCUUCAUGGGCUGUCCCACACAGAAGGUGUCAGAGGUCAAUCAUUUCCCGAUCAAACAGCACGGGUCUCUAUCCCUUUGCUACUCCAACUGCUCCUGCCCUGCCAGUGCCUUCAACCCUGUGUGUGGCUCUGAUGGUUCCGAGUAUAUUUCUCCUUGUCAUGCAGGCUGCACCAACUUCACCAAAGACCCCAACAAUACCCACAGGGUUCAGCUAUAUACCAACUGCAGGUGUAUAUCUGGGAGCCAGGGUAAUGCCCGCCCUGCUCCCUGUCCAAACGACUGCCCACAUUUUCUUCUCCCUGUCAUUCUUGUCAUCUCUCUGGCGUCACUGAUUGCCUGCCUCACUCACAACCCCAUGUACAUGAUGGUGCUCAGAUGUGUUCCCUCUGAAGAGAAGUCAUUUGCUAUAGGAAUUCAAUUCUUACUCAUGAGAAUAUUAGCCUGGCUACCUGCCCCCGCCCUCUUCGGGACAGCCAUUGAUACAUCAUGUAUCUGGUGGAAACGUGUAUGUGGAAAGAAGUUUAGCUGUGGUUACUAUGACAACAACAUCUUGAGGAACAGGUACUUGGGCUUACAGGUGGGCUAUAAGGUCAUGGGUAUCUUCCUGCUGAUGAUGCUGGGGUGGAAAGCGAAGCGGAUCCAGGAGUACAGUCUGGAGAAGAGGCCUGAAGGACCACUGUGAUCCUGCUGAGCAUCCCUCUUGAUCCAAGCCUCUGUGUCUCUUAAAGCUUUGCUUUUGUGCUAAACAUGUUGAAGAACAAUGUGCAGAGCAAAGCUGUGUCAGUAGGAGAAAUCCACAGCUAAGACAGGCCUGCACUGACCUCUGUAGGCCCACUACCUGGUGCUUCACUGGUUGGAGUAAAGAUGUACAUUUUUCUAAAGGAAAAUAUUUCUGAUGUUUUUGGACGCUUUCAGGCCUAUGAUAGGAAUUACUCUCACAAAAUGACCUACUUAUUACAAGUUAAGAGAGGACAGCUACAGGACAGCUAUAACAACCUCUCUUGUGUGGUACCUCACAAGAUUUUACAAGCAUCUGAGGCCGUGAUGAGAGUUUAAACAACAGAUAAAUAUCUUUUUGUAUUACUUGUUCCUAUAGAAUAUGAAUCUAUUCAGGUUUCUAUUUCCAAUGGGAACAUAUACUGUAACUAACUGUAUUAGCUUAAUAUUUAAGUUUAUUUUUAUAGAUGUCUGUGUACAUAUAACACUUGAUUUUUAUUGCAAUACUAAUGAAUUUCUUAAGAAUAUUACUCGUACCACAUGCAAUAUUUUAUCUACUGGUGUGGUUAACAGUGGAGUGCAUGAAUGUGUAAUCAUUACUGCAUAAUAUACAGAACAAUUAA